GCUGAGUUGAGGUUCUUAUUUGGCUCAGUCAGUGGCAGAGUCGACACCCCGUUGCCGGACACCAUCAACGGGAAAAAAAAAAAUCUGAGUUCAACUGUAUCUUAUGACCGAGCUUUGCUGAUAACGACGGCGGGAAUUCUUCCGUUUAUUUCUCAAGCUGAAUUCCAACGACACUUACUCCACCCAAAAGUCCCCCGAUGAUCACAGAACUUCACUUAGGAAGAUGCUUCACAAUGUAUGACACGGUCGCCCGACUGCAAUUGAUUGGUGCAAGAAGCAUCCUUCACUCAAUCUGAGCAUGACACUCUUAGCGGUGGACAGUUGGAGAAGGGUAACGGAAAUGAACUCCUGUGGACAGGCGCUAGACUCGGUCUCUGGCAGGUGGAGCACGACCCGGUAAAGAAGCUCCUCGUAUCCGAGAAAGCUCAUAACUAAAAAGUGGGGGCAAACGAUCGCAUCAGCAAAGACAUACAACCUCAAAUCAUGGGGAUACAGCAUCUUCUACUUCUUCUGAUUUACUUGGACCCGCUGAACGUACUGUGCGCUGCUACAGCCAAUAAGAAAAAAAACGCUCCAAAGCGGAAUCAGAAGAUAAAGGAAGUGAACAGCACCGAGGCACCCACGGUGGUUCCGCGGCGGCUCACCCAGGUCCAGGCACCUUCAGUCGCUGCCCAUGACACGUGCCUAGGCUACUACGACGUGAGCGGUCAGUACGAUAACGUGUUUGAGUGCAACAACACUGAGCAUCGCUACUGUUGUGGAAGCUGUUUCCUGCGCUAUUGCUGUGCAGAAAAAGGAAAACGCAUAGAACAGAAAACUUGCACGAAUUAUAACACCCCAGAUUGGAUCAAAACGCAGCCUCCAUCCCUGGCACCAACAGGUGACACUUACGAUCCUGAUCUGGAUCAGACUAACACUACGGUAUACAUCACCUGUGGGGUCAUAGCUUUUAUCAUCAUCCUCGGAGUUUCUGCCAAAGUUGCCUACGACAAAGCAACCAAACCCCCUCAGGAAAUGAAUGUCCAUAGAGCCCUUGCGGACAUUUUGAGGCAACAAGGACUAAAUCAAGAAAAUGAAAAUAUUGCAGCGUUGGAGGGUUCACCCAAAGACAUAGAAACACCUGUCCGGACGUCCAAGAACCAUUACACCCCAGUUCACACCAAGCCAGCAAACCAUGGGCACUAUGGGAAAGAGAACUUCCGCCAAGGCCAACUUGAUCACAACUUCAUUUCCUCUGGAUUCGUGACAUUGGGACGGCCGCACCUGAAAGCCCAGCACUCAGUAGACGAUUUAGGGCAGCUGUCCUGGCAGGGAGAUCUGGACGUUCCUAAUAUCUCCUACAGCAACCAUCAACAUGAUUAUCAACAUAGUCACCUGGACCUUACUCAGGCACACACACCUAAAAUUGCACACAGACAAAUGAGGCAUGAGAAGCCCCAGCGCAUGAACAACAUCCUGACCUCGCAGACGGAGCCAUACGACCUGGACAUGUCUUUCUCACGCUCCUUCCAGAACCUCACCCAUCUGCCUCAGAACUACGACCUGGCGGCAAUGAGCAAAGCAGACUUAACUGAUAAGGACGUGGAUGAGUACUACAUGCGGAAACGACACCAGGACCUGGCGGGCCGACAGACCCUGCAGCCGCCCCACAUGGUGAAGCUGAACGCCGAGCCCCAGCGUCAGAAGCCCCGGCGCGUCCAGAGGGCCAUGUCCCAGGAUCACGUGCUGUCCCCAGAGAGGACGCCGCGCCACGGCUACGGCCUCUCGGCCUACAACAUGGGAGUCUCCACGUACGGCAGCCGCAUUCUCUCCGAGGAGCAGCUUCUCUCAGCGGAUCGCCUCCAGUCCCAGGACCCCCUGCUCUCGCCGGACAAGAUGCUGUCGCUGCGGCGGUCCAACUUCCGGGAGAAGGCAAUGUCGCGGGCCAUGUCCCAUGUGGACAUUAACUUUGUGCCCACCACGCCUGUCGUGGAUCGCAGCGAACGCUACGCCAAGAUGCAAAAGAUGCACUCCCAUCCCACUACCACCAGUGACUCAGGCAACAUGCUGACCGUCAACCACGCCACCACCAACAAGAGGCAGCAGUUUGCCUCACGACGGACACAUACGGUGGACCAUCUACAGUACAUCCCAGGCCACCACCACAACCAGUAUCGCACAGCCAGUAAGAAUGAGGUAACUGUUUAAUGACCGGGCGCCUGGCCAAGGAUUCCUGUGUCAAUUACUGUCAACAGCUAAAAACUUCCAGAGGUGUGCAAUCUCGCCAUAGGUCUUCUUCUCUAAGUAGCAAACUACGAACUCUUCUUGCUUUCAGCACAAAGCUCUCAGCAAGAAUCACAGCAAAAAUCAAGCACCACUAAGACAUCUGUACUUUCUCUCUUUUAGGGCAACAUAAGGGCUUUGCACGUUGACAUAAGGAAUGCUGUAUGUCAGAGGUUAUCCGUAAGACAAUAUUUUAUAAAAAGGGGUUGGAACUGGAAAAGAACUGGAUCAAAUUUAUAAUAUAUACAGUAUAUAGCAUUUAUAUAUAC